AUGGAUACCGUACGGCGAUUCGUAGAUAAACUCAAGAAAAAGCGGGAAGCUCGAGUCGCUGCGGUUCCACUGGUGAUCAGAGCCGCUGAAACUUAUGUCGACCGUAUCCCUCCUGCGCCCAUUGGUGUCAUCAGUGGCGAUAUGAAGAAAUGGGCGCACCGUGCUAAAAUCACCCUCGGGACCAGGGAAGGCGUCUGGUGGUUCAGCGGUGAUACUCUCGUCAGGGCCCAGCAGGGAGGGGGCCGGGUCGGAUUGCACUUCCACGGUGGCAGUUAUGUACGAGGAAGCGUAACGGACGUACUCUCUGGCUUCGCUCGUAUACCCCGCGGCUUCGUUGAGCGUCGGAUUUGUUCCAGCGUGCUCUCGUUGGAAUAUACUCUCGCACCGAAGGACCCCGACGCCACCACCACACAUUGUUUUCCAUUGCAGAUAUUGGAGGCGUUGUCCGCAUACUAUCACCUGCUUGACACCCUCAAGAUACCGGCCCACAGGAUUGUCCUCAUAGGUGACUCCGCUGGCGCACAUCUCGCCCUCGCACUGCAGCGCUACCUUCUCGAAAGCGGCCAUUUGUCAUCUCCGAGAGCCCUUUUACUCCUCAGCCCCUGGUGCGACCUUGCCGUGCAAGCAGACAACGUGAAGGGUCUCCUGGGGCCUCUUCCUACGCAGGCCCUUUCCGGACCGUACUUUUCGCCCGCGCUGCACCCGCCACCUUCUCACUGGCCCCCCACGCUUGUAUACUCUGGUCCGCAGGAAAACCAUGCGUCUUCCAUCGCAGAGUUCGUAGCGACACUAGGCGAUGCGGGCGCGAAGGUGAAGAUAUACGAGGCCAAGCAUAUCCUGCCCCGGUACAGCCAUGACUUUUUGAUAUUCGGAUCCGUCGAUCAGCAUUGGCCGGACGAGGUGCAGCAGUGCUGGACGCGCAUUCAGAAAUGGCUGGACACGCUCGGUGCUGCGUAA